UUGUGGCAGAGGAGGGGUCUCCGUGAAAGCGCGGCGGUCUGGGCGGCAGGGGCCGUACCAUGUCGGGGGCGCCGCUGGGCCGCGCUCCCUGAAGCGGGGCGCCGGCGCUGGAGCCGGCGGAGUCUCCCGGCCACCCAUGGGCUCGCUGAGCAGCCGGGUGCUGCGCCGAGGCUGGAGCCGGGCCGUCCAGGAGCGGGGCUCCGAGGCGGGGACCGACGGCGGGGGCGCCUCCCGGGGGGGCGCCUGCUACUGCCGGGGCGGCCGCAAGCGCAAGCGUAGCAGCGGCUCCUUCUGCUACUGCGAGCCGGGUUCGGAGGACGAGGACGACGACGACGACGAGGGGGACGAGCAGGAGCGGCUCCUCAACACCCCCCGCAGGAAAAAAUUAAAAAGCACAUCCAAGUAUAUUUAUCAGACUUUAUUUUUGAAUGGGGAAAAUAGUGACAUUAAGAUUUGUGCUCUAGGAGAAGAAUGGAGCUUACACAAAAUAUACUUGUGUCAGUCUGGCUACUUUUCUAGUAUGUUUAGUGGGUCUUGGAAAGAAUCAAGCAUGAAUACUAUUGAACUGGAGAUUCCCGACCAGAAUAUUGAUGUAGAAGCGCUGCAGGUGGCAUUUGGCUCUUUAUAUCGAGAUGAUGUCUUAAUAAAGCCCAGCCGAGUUAUUGCCAUUUUGGCAGCAGCUUGUAUGCUGCAAUUGGAUGGUUUAAUACAACAGUGUGGUGAGACAAUGAAGGAAACAAUUAAUGUGAGAACUGUAUGUGGCUAUUACACAUCAGCAGGGACCUAUGGAUUAGAUUCUGUAAAGAAAAAGUGCCUUGAAUGGCUUCUAAAUAACUUGAUGACUCAUCAGAGUGUUGAUCUUUUCAAAGAACUCAGUAUAAGCCUUAUGAAACAGCUGAUCUGUUCUUCUAAUCUAUUUGUAAUGCAAGUGGAAAUGGAUGUAUACACUGCUCUCAAGAAGUGGAUGUUUCUUCAGUUAGUGCCUUCUUGGAAUGGAUCAUUAAAACAACUUUUACCUGAAGCAGAUAUCUGGUUUUCCAAGCGUAGGAAAGAUUUUGAAGAUAUUGCAUUCCUUGAAAUUGAUCAGGGAAAAGCUUUUGUACCAGUAUUCAGACACUUGAGGUUGCAGUAUAUCAUCAGUGAUUUAGCUUCUGCAAGAAUCAUUGAACGAGAUGCUCUAAUACCUUCAGAAUGGUUGGCUUCUGUUUACAAACAGCAAUGGUUUGCUAUGCUCAGGGCAGAACAAGACAGUGAUACAGGACCUCAGGAAAUUAAUAAAGAGGAACUUGAAGGAAAUAGCAUGAGGUGUGGUAGAAAACUUGCCAAGGAUGGUGAAUACUGCUGGCGGUGGACAGGGUUUAACUUUGGCUUUGACUUACUUGUCACUUACACCAAUCGCUAUAUUAUUUUCAAACGAAACACACUGAAUCAGCCGUGCAGUGGAUCUGUCAGUUUACAGCCUCGAAGAAAUAUAGCAUUCAGAUUACGUCUGGCUUCUCUUGAUAGUAAUGGGAAACUGAUUUGUAGCAGAACAACUGGAUACCAAAUACUUACUCUUGAAAAGGAUCAGGAGCAAGUGGUGAUGAAUUUGGAUAGCAGACUUCUCAUCUUUCCUUUGUUUAUCUGCUGUAACUUCCUGUAUAUAUCACAAGAAAAAAAACCUGAGAGUGGCGGUCAACUAGAGAAUACAGAAAACUGAGCAAUCUGGUCGAAUGGAAUACAGUUGCACUUUGAAAAUGUUUUAUUUUUACUUUAACAUUAUGGCCCUACUGAUAUACACAAAUAAGGUGACUAAUAAUGAGAAAGGCCUUAUGAACUGUAGCAGAUGAUAUGUAUAACUUACUUUUUAUCCUCAGUAUAAUUCUAUGCAUAUAUGAAGAAAGUGAAUUUUGAAGCCAAGAAAAUCCUGCCAAAACUAAUUAUGCUAUGAAAAUGUCAACUUGUGCUUUAUGUUUAGUGUUGGCAGACAAGAACUGAAAAUUAAUGGGACAUUCCACAUUUUUCUAUCAAACUAAAUACAUAUAUGCUUUUGUAGAUAAAGUUUGACCCUAACCUGAUGUUGGUGAACUUUGGUUACAUAUCUAUUAAUUUUCUAUUGGUUGGAUGAAAAAGAACUUAAGAAAUUAUUUGAACAGCUGGCUACAAAUUUGAUGAUGUCUUUAAAGUUGCCCUUCAAUUUUAUCACUCAAUCUCUACUGAUUCUGCUUUCCUCUUCUUGUCUGUGUCCCUUCAAUUUAUACUUGAUUUGUGAAUGAUUUCACAUCCCAUAUAUGCCUUGGGGAGUUGGAACUAACUAACCUGAGGGACUGUAUUUGUAUUUUUCAACUUAAGAUAAUUUUUUCAUGUUUUGCCUUUAUUUUCAUUUUUCUAGGAUUUAAAAUCAUCAGUCUGACUUUCAAAGAAGCUUAUUUUUGGAGGAAAAGUAAUUUUUAUGCAUCUUAUUUUGCUUCUAUAAAGCAGUUCCUUUUCCUUCCAGUGUUCUCUCUUUAGCAUCCUGUAUCGUCUUAAAUUAUUAUUCAUGUUAUUUUGUGUACUAUGUAUUACUUAUUAAGCAUUUUUUAUUCUGUGCUCAUCUCUCUCUCUAUAUAUAUAUAUAUCUUUUUUUAAAAAACAAUUUUUUUAAGGAUCUGAUUUCAUACUUAAGCUCAGGAACUUGUGACCACUGAGUUGAGUGCCUUUGAGUUACACAUUUGAAUACAAAUUUAUUAGCAAACCCUGAUGGAUUCACAGGAUCCAAAUUUGGAGUUGAUAACUAAAGGUCAUUGUAAAAAUAGAAGAAUAUUUUUAGUCAAAUAUGAUAUAUACUGUCAAUAGUCUGUAUAUGUUGGUUUUCUAUGUUUAUUGGUAUCUUGAAAUAUAUUCUGAUUUUUUUUUUCCAGGCAGAGCAAGUACUUUGAUCAACCUAUAUUUUUAAUAUGUUGGUAAACUAGCAAUUUUUUAUUUGUAUCCUGUUUGGUGUACAAAUAAGAAACACCUAUUUAGUAAGAGAUUAAACAAGUUGACACAGUGUAUAAAUCCUUUCAAAGGAAUAAAAUUGUUUUACUUAAUGAAACCAGAGUUUUUGCUUUCCAACUAGAAGUAAUUUUAUUAUCCACCUGGACCUUCUUCAGGAAAAGACUUUUACCAUUUGUUAUCCAAAUUCUUUAGUAGAUUCAGAAAUUUAUUUUUACCACUUAUAAUAUUCUCUUGCUUGGUGUAAAUUUCUUAAAAGUCAUUUUGAAAGUUGUUUAUUUUUUCACUAUUUAAUAUUUCUCAUUUAAUAAAAUAAAACUAAGAAGUUUCCUAGUUUCAAGCUUGUUCACAGGAUGUCUAAAAAGAGAUUCUGCAUAUUUUUCCUAUAACUUUAAUUUCCAAGAUUCUUCUGACUUUGUACAUUAAAUCAAAUGCGUUCCCAGCUACUUCGUAAUUUACUUCAUUGACUAAUAAGCAAAAAGGACUGAACUUAGGAUGAAAAAAGGUUGAAGGAGGAAGUGAAUUAAGAAUAGACUUAUUUAAUAUUCCAUUUUAUAGUACUUGUUCAAUGCUAGAAUAGGUUCCCAGUAAAUUUGUUCUUCGCUGAUAUAAAAUUAGACUUAUUUAUAAUAAUAGCUUCUCUUGAGAGGUUGAGAAUUUAUUCUUCACAUUGACUCUAUAGACAAGCUUUUUCUAAGUUUUGUUUUUAUAAUAAAGACUUUUCAAUGAGGUGCUACUAGAUUCAGAAGUGCCAACAUAUAAAUUGUCAUGAAUUUAUUGAAGUUUGCUGCUUUCAAUGAUAUACUCAGUGCCAAUCUGUUGUGUGAAUGAAGCUUAGAAGAGUUUUUCCCACUAUUAUCUGUUUUAGCUUCAUGACCCAUCACUAUUGAAGUCGUCAUAGGUUCUAGAUUCUUUCACCCACAUGAUCAAAUGGUUUGGUGCAUAUGAGCCAAUCUUUUAUUUUCCCAGCUUGAUGAGCUUGUCUGA